AUGACGAAGCCGGGAUUUCCUGAAUUUAGCGUCCAGGAUGAAGAUGACGCAGCAGAGAUCCUAGCGGAAAUGUUCGUACUUUCCGACUACGUCUGUGAUCUUGAACCUUGGGUGAUUCUGUCUGACGAUGCGGAAAGUACGCUUAUAUCAGCUCUCGAUUGGAUGUCGUACGCAGUACGCCAGCUCAACGACGCCAGGGUCAGGCUCGUCAAUACUAACGAGGGGGCAUGGUAUGAUGUCCACACUGUAUUAAAUCUCUUACGUAUCUUCCAACCAAAAAUCGAGAGUGUCCUGGAAUAUAAUGAAGAGCUGAAGAAGGAGGCUAAAGCGAAAGAGGAACAAGGUGAAGGACAAGGGGAUUGGGAUUAA